AAAUAAUCACAAGGAAAAGGAGACGUGUUACUAAAAAGAAGUAAAUUUUAAAUUUGGUGACUUAGAAAUCUCUCCCAAUUCAAUAACCAAAGUCCAAAGCUAGUUUCACGUUUAUAGAAAAACAAAUCCAGAAAGGAAAGUAUUUAUUUAUGUUUAUUAUACUCCGAUUACAUUAUUAUCCAAAAAAAAAAACGGUGGAAUCGGAUAAAGAGUUAAAUAGACUCCGAGAAACUUGUAAAUAAUACUCAGAAACGGGAAGGAGAGAGAGAGAGAGAGAGAGAGAGAGAGAAAAUGGCGUCACAGGGGUGUUACAAUGGGAUUCACGGUAUAAAAAGGGUUCAUCCUCUGUUUCACUCUCUCACAUAUCGGUUCUCCUCAUCUUCUCUGCCAUUGAUAUCGAAACCUCAAGCUCGCAUUCUCGCAUCACAGCUUCGUUUUCUCCCCUCCGCGUCUUCUGGCAUUGUUCAUCUACUCGAGGAUUUCAUUUCUGUUCAUAUAAGAAGUGAGGCAGCCUCACCGUUCAAGAGGAGUUACAGAGAAAGGGAAGAAGAAGAAGAAGAGAUGACGAUUAAACCGGCGGUUCGAAUCUCCGACGGGAAUCUAAUCAUUAAAAACCGUACGAUUCUAACCGGUUUACCAGACAAUGUCCUCACAACGUCAGCAUCGGUGGCCGGACCGGUCGAGGGAGUUUUCGUCGGAGCUGUAUUCGACAAAGAAGAGAGUAACCACAUCGUACCGAUCGGUACGCUCCAUGAUUCCCGGUUCAUGGCUUGUUUCCGGUUCAAACUCUGGUGGAUGGCCCAGAGGAUGGGCCAAGUGGGCCGAGAUAUUCCCUUGGAGACGCAGUUCCUAUUGGUCGAGUCAAACGGUGGAUCCCACCUAGAGCCUGACGGAGCAGACGGCGACGAGAGCAACCAGAAACUCUACACCGUUUUCUUGCCGUUAAUCGAAGGGUCAUUCCGUUCGUGUCUCCAAGGAAACGUCAACGAUGAGGUGGAGCUCUGUUUGGAGAGCGGAGACGCCGCUACUAAACGGUCGUCGUUUACUCACUCGCUGUAUAUUCACGCCGGCACAGAUCCGUUCCAGACGAUAACGGACGCCAUCCACACCGUUAAGCUGCAUCUGAAGAGUUUCCGUCAACGUCACGAGAAGAAGCUUCCAGGGAUCAUUGACUACUUCGGGUGGUGCACUUGGGACGCGUUUUACCAGGAGGUUACUCAAGAUGGCGUCGAAGCUGGGCUUCAAUCUCUCACCGCCGGCGAUACGCCGCCGAAAUUCGUCAUCAUCGACGACGGUUGGCAAUCCGUGGAGACCGACGAUGACCCGAUUGAGAACGAAGACGAGAAGCCGGUUUUCCGAUUAACCGGGAUCAAAGAGAACGCAAAGUUCCAGAAGAAGGAAGAUCCAAAACUGGGGAUUAAGAACAUCGUCGAUAUCUCCAAGGAGAAGUACGGUCUGAAAUACGUUUACGUGUGGCACGCAAUUACGGGUUACUGGGGCGGGGUUCGACCCGGGGAGGAAUACGGAUCCUCGAUGAAGUACCCGAUGGUGUCAAAGGGUGUGGUGGAGAACGAGCCGACGUGGAAGACGGAUGUUAUGGCGGUUCAAGGUUUGGGUUUGGUUAACCCAAAGAAUGCGUAUAGAUUCUACAACGAGCUUCAUAGUUACUUGGCUGCUGCUGGUGUGGACGGCGUGAAGGUGGAUGUGCAGUGUAUAUUGGAGACUUUGGGUGGUGGAUUAGGUGGUCGGGUGGAGUUAACACGACAGUAUCAUCAAGCUCUUGAUUCCUCUGUUGCUAAGAACUUCCCAGACAAUGGCUGCAUUGCCUGUAUGAGCCACAAUACGGAUGCUCUCUACUGCUCGAAGCAAGCAGCUGUGAUUAGAGCGUCAGAUGAUUUCUACCCGCGUGAUCCGGUGUCUCACACCAUCCACAUAGCCUCGGUUGCAUACAACAGUGUGUUCUUGGGAGAGUUUAUGCAGCCGGACUGGGACAUGUUCCAUUCCGUGCACCCUGCUGCAGAGUACCAUGCCUCUGCUAGGGCCAUCAGUGGUGGACCCAUCUACGUUAGUGAUGCUCCUGGAAAACACAACUUUGAUCUUCUAAAGAAGCUUGUGUUGCCUGAUGGAUCGAUCCUUCGUGCUCGAUUGCCUGGUCGACCAACCCGUGAUUGUUUAUUCGCUGAUCCUGCCCGCGAUGGUGUCAGCUUGCUAAAGAUAUGGAACAUGAACAAGUACACUGGAGUUCUUGGCGUGUAUAACUGCCAAGGAGCAGCUUGGAGUAACACAGAAAGAAAAAACAUCUUCCACCAGACGAAAACUGAUUGUAUCACUGGCUCCAUUCGUGGCCGUGAUGUGCAUUUGAUAUCCGAGGCCUCCGCUGAUUCAACAACAUGGAAUGGAGACUGUGCUGUUUACUCUCAGAGCAGAGGCGAGCUCAGCGUUAUGCCAUACAAUGUGUCUCUCCCGAUCUCAUUGAAAAUCCGCGAGCACGAGAUCUUCACUGUGAGCCCGAUCACUCAUCUGGCUACGGAUGGUGUCUCGUUUGCUCCGCUCGGUCUUGUAAACAUGUACAAUUCGGGAGGAGCUAUCGAAGGACUUAGAUAUGAUGCGGAGGAGAUGAGAGUGGUGAUGGAAGUGAAAGGAUGCGGUAAAUUUGGAGCUUAUUCAUCGGUGAAGCCUAAGAGAUGCGUUGUUGAGUCGAAUGAGAUCGCAUUCGAGUACGAUGCCUCCUCUGGUUUGGUCACUUUUGAAUUAGACAAGAUGCCUUCAGAGGCCAAACGAUUACAUCUGAUCCAAGUUGAGUUAUGAAAAUCUUAGCUUGUAUGAGUGAUUCAAACAAUUCAUGGAACCAAACUGUUUAAGGUACAUGUAAACUGUUGGUUAUUAUUGUUGUAGCUACUUUCGAUGUUAUACUUUCACGUUUUUGUUGGAUACCAAUAAAAAUUCUUAAAAAACAGAGUAUGCAUCACAACUAAUUCUAUCUUAACGGAGUUGAGUUAUGAAAAUCUUAGCUUGUAAGAGUAAAUUUAAACAAUCAUUAAACCAAAACAGUCUCGAAACUGUUUGAAGGUAAUAUUACAUGUAAACAGAGUAUGUAGAAUCACAAAGGCAACCUCAUGUUUAGCCUUCUCAACCAAACGGAGUGAAGAAGCAUUCGAAGCAUAUCAAAGGGUUUAGAGGGUCUAUUGAGCACGAAAUGUCUCUGGACCUGCAAAACCCUUCGCCGCAACACCAAGUAGCGUCUCCAUGACACGCUCUUUAGUAUGGUUUUGAUCUCCGGGAUCUUCUCAGAGGGAACAUGAAUGGUGAACUUACUCCAAUCAAGAACGUCUGAGAAGGGCAAGGCGUAGUGAUCGGAGAUGAUGACAGGGACGCAGCCUAAGUUAAUGGCUGCAACGACUCGAGGGCUAGCCACUUCGUAGCCACUAGGACAGAGACAGAACCUCGCCUUGGACAUGAGCUUGAAGUAGUCUUUGUUGUUGGCUAAGUAGCCGUGGACUUGGACGUCCUCGUCCUUGUCUUUCCAGUGCUGCAGUAGGAUCUUGCGUAUACUGCCGUGUGAGCCGCCUGCGAAGAAAGCUAGGAUGGGUCGGUCUUGGCCGGAAGAGCGGGAUAUCUGAGGUGGGCUCAGGCGGCCUCCAAGGAUGUUGAUCUCCGGGAUUGAGACAUCUCUUUGGGGCAUGAAACCUUCCGAUGUGUUGGCGUUGCAGAGUACUCUUAUCAUGGUUUUCAACUUCUCCGGGUUCGAUCCCGAGACGUCGGGUGCCUGCAAGAUAUGUUCCAAAGUUCAGAACAAUUACUCAAUGGAUGGUAUAUACAUUAUAACAAUAGAGAGAAUGAAAGAAAACGAACCCAAUCAUGGCAAGAAACGAAGAAAUGGUCGGCUCCAAGACUUCGAUUCCAGUAAGGAUACUUGUCAGCGACGACAUUGACGUAGUCAAGAAACACUCUGUGAAGUUGAUCUCUCGAGUAGGUCACGAGCGGUCUGUAGAGAUAAUGAACGACGUUGGCAAUGCUGACGGGGAGGAGGAAGGCGUGAGCCUCGUCCGGGUGGCUAGCCGCGAAUGGGAUCAGCCCUGACUCCAUCUCGUCCAUGAAUUGGCCUUCGAUGCUGUAUAUGUUUUUCAUUGGACCCGUGUGUACUAACGGCGCCUCGCCUUCUCUGUACACCCACACUUUGAAUCUCUUCUCCAUCUCAAUUUGGCUUCUGCUCAAUUUCACAAGAAAAAAGUUACCAAAGCUGGCUUUAAGUGGGCGCUACGUUUCUUCACCCGCAGAACAUUGUGCAUUGUAUUUCAUUGAUACGUGUACGUGUAUUUUUAAAACUAAU